AUGCUUCCUCCAUUUAGAGCCAAAGCGUACCACUCUGACUUCACCCUGGCCCUGCUGGCUGCGGACGAGACAAAGAGUUUACUGGAGGAGGAGGGAGAGGUCAACGUGGAGCAGGCCAACGGGGAACCAGAGGGCCCGGUAGGCAAGCAGCUCUCCGGGUCACGCAACCUGAUGGUGCGAGUGGAGCUGGAAUGGGACAUCCCCAUGGCGGUGACGCUGCCCAUCCAGGUGCAGCCUGACCCGGUAAACCAGCCAUUCCCCUUCCUGGACACCACUCUGGCCGACCUGGGCAUCCAAGAGUCAGAGGUGAAGGAGAGGGUGGUGUGGGUGGACACCAAGAAGACACAGGUGAAGAACAAAGCAGGGAAGCUGAAGGAGAAAGAGAUCACCAUCCUCGAGGUGCGAGUUAAAGCCCAGAAGCCUGGAGACAAACAGCUCCAGGAGGUCCUGUAUAGCACUGAGGCCCACACCGAUCGCUCCUUCUGCCGCACCGGGAUGAACAUUGUGCCCUGGAAACAGAGAUACGCAGGAGAGAACGGACUGGCACCAGUGCAGCUGACGAUGGCGUUGGACGUGGAAAACCAGCAGCCUGGUGUCACUGAGGAUCAGGGACAACGGGAGAUCUAA